AUGAUGCAGAUUUUGUGUUUACAAUUACAUUGGCAAAUAACUCAUCAAAUUAAGGAUAAUAACUCUAUUCAAAUACCUAUUUCUAAUUCCACAUAUAUAUUUUGUAAGCUAUGUUCUAAAAAAAGCUACAAUACCCAAAAAGGCUUAAAUCGUCAUGAAACAAUAGCUCAUUCGUAUUAUAAUAUACCACAAGUUGGACUUAUUCCACAACCACCAGAAGCAAUUAUUGAAUUUAAAAGCCUGCUAGUUCAUAUGAUACAAACCAAAUUAAAAACUAGUGUAUGGGAAGCAAGAUGA